CCUUUGAGGAAAAAACGAAAUGCGGGCAAAUUGAACAUUUCUAGAGCUCCCCCGAAAGAAAGAGGGGCCAAGAAUCAGCCAAAACCAACACUUUCUCAUCCAUCAGACAUGAGACGGGGAAGGACACCUGCAUCCAGGGAGGAUGGAUUUCCCGGACGGGGAGUACCACCACAGAGGAGGCCGUCCUGAAGAUGAUCUAUAUAGACCUCCCUUCCAUGAAGACGAUCCUUACUUAUUGUCCGGGGCAUUGCGAGAGGUUUACCUGAGAGGAGGAGACCCCAGUCUGUGUGGUUUUGAGGAAGACGAGCUUCGUAGAGCAGGCUAUCAUGAAGAUGACCUUCGUAGAAGGGAUCACUACCUUGAAGAACAAAUCCAUGGUCAGGAUUAUUUGGAGAACAUGCGUAGACGAGAGUUUUUGGAGUCCAGGCCAGGUCACCAAGAGGAAAUCCCUCAUCGCCACGCAUACCCUGAAGAAACUCCACGCAGGAGUGUCUACCCGGAGAAUGAUCCUCUCAAACAGUUCUAUUCUGAUGAGGUUCUCCGUAGAACAUUUCAUGCUGCUGAAGCUUCUAAGGAGCGGGCCUUUCGAGAAGAUGAAUCACCACAUGGGAGGAGCUAUCCUUAUGUUCCGGCCUAUCCGCAGGAAUUUCCUCCUGAACGUGCAUAUCCUGACAAAGCUCCUCUCUGCUUUGAACACGCCCAUGGAAGGGCAGCCCACGGACCACCUGUUCAUGAAGACCCUUACUCCGAGGAUACCCGUAGAAGCGGAUACCUUGAGGAGGCACAACGCAGGGCGUACAAUGAGGAACAACAUGGGCCAGCCUAUCCAGAAGGCAACCCUCAUAAGCGAUCUCACGACAGGGAUCCAAACGGCCGUGGGUACCCCAAGGGUCCAGAUGGGCAAGGAGCAGCUGACGAAGACUUGAGGUUCCCAAAUCAAAUGGAGGGACCAAUGGAGACAGGGGGUCAAGGCAGCAGGGAGCAUUUGUUUGACCUUGUCAAGGCCAUUCGUCAGGAGGGGAGGGGUCCGCAGCAUCCAGAGGUGGAGCGAGGGAUGGGACCACCAGGAAUGAGGGGGACUCCUCAGAAGCCAGCAGAGGGUGACAGAAUGAGAACAGAGAUCCCCGAACCUUUCCGGCGCUUCCUGGAAGGAGCCACAGAUGACCACAAGAGCCCCGGGAAACGGAAGAGAAAGAGCAGGUUCUCUGAUGCAAAAGAACAGGAGGAGGACGUGUUGAAGUUAAUGCAAGCCGUUGACAAUAGAAGAAGGUCAGAACCUUUUGCCAAAUCACAGGGUGCUUAUCAAGGAGUAGCAGGCUCCAGACCAAUGGCAGAGGCAGCUCCAGACACUGGGAAUGUUUUGGAUGUACUGAAUAACAUACAGGUUGAGAAUGUGGAAGAGGCCAACUUCCUGAAGGACAAGCUGUGUAACCUUCUGAAAGAGUUCCAAGACAAAAAAUAUGAGAAGACAGCGGUAAUGCCUGCGUACAAAAGCCUACAUCCAACAGUAAUUUCCAAAGAAUAUAAUCACAUGAGCAAGGAUCACCUGGAAAAUCCCAGAGAUGACUAUGAAAGAAACUACAGAGAAGUGCAAGAGGAGAGACAUUACGAAGGCCAUCCUCCCAGACACUCAAAGGAACGCUCACAGGAGCGCUACACUCCGGAGACCCCACAGGAUCCUUACAGAGACACAGACAUGAGAAUGGAGAGGAGAGCUCAAUAUGAAGAGGUCUUUGGGCAUGUUGAGAUGUACCCACAAUCUCAUGCUCGUCCAGAGGAGCCAAUGGCAUACCCCCACGAGAGUUGUCAGGGGCCGAUGUACCCUCGUGAUUACCCACCUGCAGGGGAUCUUCACAAUCCAUUCAAUCCUACACCCCCAAUACACUGGGAGCGGGGGUACAGGACGGGUGUCCCUCAAUCCACCAGCCUAGACAAAAUCACCUCCACUCUCCUGGAGCUUGUGGCAAGGAAAAAGUGAUUUUACAGUAGAACCACCAUGUGUAAAAAAUAUUUGUAUUGAUUUGAGCUCAACUGUAUUUCUGUUGGAAUUUUGCUUUUGAAAUGUUUCUACACUUUUAUUUGCUUUAAUUGUUCAUCUUGAUGGCUAGUUUUAAGGGUUAAAGGUUUUGUAGCAAUUAUUUGACAUUAGUAAUCUGAAAAUAUGCUUUGAACGGUGUAGACAUGUUGUUGAAAACAAAAUUAUUUCUUUUGAAUAACUUCUAUUCACUUAACGCUGCAUUGUAACUGACAAUAAAACAUUUGUGACCACAAAUCAGUUCUGAUCCAAACAAGAUGGUUAAAGAAAUAUUACACUGAACAAAAAUAUGAGCGCAACAUGUAAUGUGUUGGUCCCUUGUUUCAUGAGCUGAAAUAAAAUAUCCUACAAAUGUUCCAUACACACCAAAA